AUAUGAAAUGUGGCCAAGGUUUAAAGGGGUGGGAUGAGGACGGCUAAAGCAGGAAGCUGUGUUCUUGAGCUAAUGAGCUGUGUUGCUUCAUACAGACGGAAAGACUUACUAGCUCUAAAAAAAAAGCAAAGAAAAUGCCGGCUGAAAUUUAAUCUUUGUGAGGACCUGUAAAGUAUUAGUGCAAUCAUGAGCUCAAUUGCCCACAAUGCACCUAUUUCAAGAGUGGUGGUUUUUGGAGGUACUCAUGGAAAUGAGAUGUCUGGAGUUGCACUUGCUAAACACUGGCUAAAAGACCCUUCAGAGAUACAGAGACAGACAUUUACAGCGCAGUCCUGCAUAGCCAACCCACUAGCUGUGGAGAAAUGCGUCCGAUACUUAGACCAAGACCUCAAUCGCUGUUUUUCAAAUGAGAUACUAAGCUCUCCAGAAUCUGAAGGUGAUCCAUAUGAAGUCAAACGAGCAAGAGAAAUUUAUCAGCAAUAUGGAUCUGGAGUGUCGUCUUUUGAUUUUGCUUUUGAUCUACAUAACACCACUUCAAACAUGGGAGCCACAUUGCUUCGCUGCUCAAAGGAUGAUCUCUUCUCACUGCACUUGGCAAACUAUUUGCAGAGCAGCAGUGAGGAUCAGGUUAUGCCAUGCUACAACUUCCUCAUCGACAUACCAGAGAAGGAUAAUGCAUACCUGCAACAUAUAACAAAGCAUGCACUGUGUUUAGAACUUGGGCCACAGCCUCAAGGAGUGGUCAGAUCAGACAUGCUUUCCAGAAUGAGAGAGCUUGUAAACCAAUCUUUAGACUUCAUCGAUCUUUUCAAUAAGGGUAAGGAGUUUCCAAGUUUUGAAACUGAUAUAUACAAGUUUGUAUCCAAGGUGGAUUUUCCUCGAGACUCUACAGGAGAAAUCACAGCUGUCAUUCAUGCUGAGCUGCAGGACAAAGACUAUGUUCCUUUGAAGCCUGGAGAUCCGAUCUUUAAGACUUUGAGUGGAAGAGAUCUGUAUUAUGAGGAUGAGAAAAUCUUGUACCCCACAUUUAUAAAUGAGGCAGCAUAUUAUGAGAAAAAAGUGGCCUUCAUAUUAGCUGAAAAAGUCAACUGGAAAGUCCCUGCUUUGAAAGUAGAACAGUAACCUGCAUGUCUAUGGACUUGAUGUCAACUGCCAGUAUUCCUUUUGUGCCUGAGCUUUAGCACCAAAGUUGUUUAAAUUAAAACUAAUUUUAUUUUUUCUCUUAAAGGUAAAGAUCUAAAACUGUAAGAAAAUAUGUGCAUCACCCAGGGUACAGUUCUCAGAGUAAACAAAUAUUUGCAUUUUUUGCUACUUUACGGGUAAUAAACAAUAAAAUAUCUGAUAUA